GAAAAAUCAAUGACACUGAACAAUUUUGGUAGAUUUCGCUCCUAAGAUUGUGUUAUUCGCCUGAACUGCAUCUUGCCAUCAAGAAUGGCAUCGAUGCAAGAGAAGUCAAUUUUAUGCAGCAUCAAACCAACAGUGUCUCUGUUGGUCGGGGAUCAUAAGCAUGAUUUUUUCUCCGGUUGUAAAAUGUUUGAUGUGACAUUUCCAAAUAUCAUAAACCCAGAGAUUGGAGAGAUAUGUUUUCAGAAUUUUUAUGUUGCCCAGUUAACAAUCAGAGCCAAGUUUCGAUCAGCUGAUUUGAAUGGACAGACAGGUACUCUGAAAUGGAGAACAUGUGUCAGGAAAAUGCAAUUGAUGCCCAACGCACACACUGAAGAUGGUUCUCAUGAUUAUUUUACACUCAACAGAAAACAUUUUAAUUUUGAUAUAGUGAAUCUCUCAACUCUACGGUUUAUUUUACAUCAACCAUCUCCAGUAUGGAAAGACUUUAAACUGGAAGACAUCAGGUUUUACCGGUCUCCACAGGUUUCUAAAAGUACAGGUUUACCAUAUUGGUUAACUGAAGAGCAGACGGAAGAAAAAGCAAAAGAUAAACAGAAAUUACAGGGAUUACCAGAUUUAGAUAUGCUAUCAGCCAAUCUACAGGCGUUAUGGUCAAUGGCUGAAGAGGUAUCUGACAAUCAGUCUACAGUUCCACUUGGCAGAUAUGAGGUGGAUGGUUGCUAUGAUAUAAAUCUGUUAUCCUAUACCUGA